CCAAAAUUCAAUGGAGUCCACAUCAAAAAAAAGAGUAGUACCGUACAAAAAGGGAAGGGCAAAGGUAACAAAGAGCCAGAAGCUCAUAAGAAUGCAAUGGAAAAAAGUAAAGCAAAGAAAAGCAAGCAGAAGAAAAAAAAAGAAAAGAAGAAAGACAAAGUCCAGAAGAAUAAGGCCCUUGAUGAAAGGGAUUUUAAUAUUCUUGGGCAGUUGUUCCAACUGAAUAAGUCUGUGGCAGUGAUUGAUCAGCAAGGUAGAGAAGUGGAGGGGAAAGAAAAAGAACUGGAAAGAACAAAGAAAGAACUAGAGCCAAGGGAGAGAGGAUUACAUAGGAAAGAAGGAAAGAGAAACAAGGAAAAUUCCAAUGAAGUUAUCUUUCGCAACUUAGAAAGAACGGUUACAGGGCCCUCACACAGGUACAAAAGUGAUGUUGAGGAUGAUGAAAAUAAAACGGAAGAUUUCAGUAAGUACAAGCUUUCUGCAUCUGCACCUAGGAGUUUAGCUCAUACUCAAGGGGAGGAAAUUGGGAAUUAAUUUUGACCUGUAACAGAAUCAUAGCAAACUUUGCUAGAUGUCACAUCUUAAAAGUUUAAAUCAAAAAAAAUUUUUCUUCUUGUUUUUGAGGCAAAUCUUCAAUUAUUAUAAACACAAAUAAUAAUAAUAAUAAUAAUAAUAAUAAUAAUAAUGCAAUAAAAAUUAUUUAUUGCACUUCUGUUUCAGUAUUCAAAACACUGCCACACCAUAAUGUUUUUAGAUUUCGUACUCUACAUUUCGUCUAUGUUUGGAAGUAUUACAUUUGCUGGUCCCCAGCAUAGAAUGAAAAAAACACUAUGGAAAAAGUUUGAUUUGUAAAUGUUGUGUUUACAUAUGGUCUAGGUCUAAAUGAGAGUGACUUAAGCUCAGCAGCUGACAUCGAUAACACAGAAGCAAGUAGUUUCAUUACGUCUGACAGUGCUCCAGUAAGACCAUCCGUUGGCAUGAAAAGGCCAAGGGCAAACCUAAUAUGCACAACAGCCAACAAAUGUCCAAGAAGGCAGGGUGAGCCAGAAUGCUCUCAGUGUCUCCACCAGUUAGCAGAAAACAAAGAACUGAGAGAGGCCAAUGCACUGCUCACCGACCACCUUGCUCAGUCCAGGGAGGCAGCAGCAGACGUUGAGCAGAGUGAAGCCCCUAGACCUCGCAAAGUGACCAGGGCAAUUGCUGAACGUCACAAAGUA